UAGGGACAUGGUCUCAGCCUUGUAUUCGUCACUAUGGCGGAAUCACGUCGUGACUGUUCCCAGAUGGUCGCUAAGUUCAUCCACUACAGUGCAAGUAUCCUGCUCAUUCUGGUCGGCGCCUCCUACGCUAUAACGUCCCUCUACUUCCUAUCUCAAAGUAUUGGCCAUCCGUUGGGGACGGGCAUCGGCCUCGGCUUCGGUCUGACGGUCUGUGCCACCGCUGUUGCAGGACUAUUUGUGAACACCAAACGGCGAGUUUGGUAUCUUCUACUACUCCUGCUCAUGCAGGCGUUGGAGUAUCUAUGUUUUUUCACGCUGGCUGUGAUCAUGUCGAUAUUUAUGCCAUCACUGACUGUUAUGGACCAGUACAGCCUAGUCCAGCUCAACUUUGUCGGUGGUCGUGAGGGCAGCUUCUACCGUGGUACUCGAACUGUCUUCCUCUACAUGUACAAGCAUGCUGGCUGCAGUGGUGGGGAGUGUACACUGCGUGGUGUAGUCGACUCCUGCACGACAGUGGAAUGCAGUUCUUCGAGGGACUUGUCCAAGUCCCUGAAUGACCUCCUUGGGCGUCGCUUAAUUGGUCCUGGGUAUACCAGUUCGAUGAGUCGUUGUAUGGCCUCUGCUAUCAACGAGGCUGAUGUUACUGAGGCGACGGCUUCAUCAGUUAGCGUCUGGUGUGGCUGCAGUACGGAGGUCUUUCGCUACAUGCAUUUGUGGUCCCCUUGGAUCCUGGCUUCCCUCUGGCUGGCAGUCCUUCUCAUUUUCCUGGUGGCGGCAGCUACUUUGAAGACCGUUUUUAUGAAGAAGAUUCGAUGGAGAGCACAUGUGAUUCGAAGUGUCGGCCAGAGUGUUGGCCGUAGUGAUGGAACUUCUAUGGUGAACCCUGAGAGUAUCGAAUUUGUUAGACUGUAA